AUGUUUGCUGAAAUUGAGGAGUCAAAUAGACUUCAGAAAGUUUGUGAUUUUCACUUUCUUGCAAAGAGAGAUCAGUUUGUCAAGAUCAGCGGUGUAAACUUGAGAGAAUAUCAGCAGCUCCAGGCUUUUAUAUUGGCCAUUGAUGACAUUAACAGUAACCCGGAGAUUCUGCCCAAUGUUACUCUGGGAUAUCAUGUGCACGAUUCUUGUGGUUAUACAAAGAAAGUUAUAAAAGAUGUUCUGAAGAUACUGUCUGGGCCCAAGCUGGCAGCUCCGAAUUACGCAUGCAUGGAACGUGGUAAGGUGGCCGGUUUUAUUGGAGAUAUCCACUCUGUCACUACACUUCCAAUGGCACAGUUGCUGAAUGUGCUAGGAUAUACACAGAUCAGCUAUGGAGCGAGGGACCCGCUGCUGAGUGACCGGACUCUUUAUCCAAACUUCUUUCGCACAGUACAAAACUACCAGACAGAAAAUGUGGCCAUUGCAAAGUUACUGAGAAGCUUUGGGUGGAACUGGGUCGGAAUUAUCACAUCAGAUGAUGAUAAUGGUGAACGGGAGCUACAACAUCUGAGCCAGACAUUGAAUGAUUAUAGAAUUUGUAUUGAAUUCAAAGUCAAAGUUCCCCAAACUGAAGAGGGUCAUGAAAUUCCUCUUGAGUUAAAAGCUUCAUCUACAGAGAUUGUUGUUAUGUGUGGAACAAAUACGCAAAUGUCUACUUUAUUUUUGCUUACUGCAACACAUAUUCUCAUUAACAAGACAUUUAUCCUUACAGCGUCAUGGUCACUUGCAAUAAACCUUUUAGUUCUGAAAACAAAAAAAGCAGUUGAGUAUAGUUUGGUGUUUUCCCCUCCACCACGUUAUAUCCCGGCAUUACCGCAACGUUUAUUCACUUUUCAUCCAUCCAGUCAUCCGAGUGACCCAAUGCUGGAAGACAUUUGGAUUCAGUACUUUAGGUGCUUGUCACCAAAUUCUUAUAAGAACAACGUCUUUUCAAGGAUUGAUCAAAUGUAUUUGGACGACUGCGCUGGGAAGAAGAGGUUUAGAGAACUUUUUAAUUAUACUGGAGAUCCGGCCACCUACCAGGUGUAUAUUGCAGUCCUCAGCAUGGUGCAAGCUCUGCAUGAAGUGAAUUUAGCCUUGACUAUGUAUAGAGAAAAGUAUAAUUUAAAAACAUUUGAAUUUCAGCACAAGGGUGAACCAGAGAAGCCUCUUUCACCUCCUACCACCAUUUCUACACCAUCUGCACAUGUGGUGAGCAGUACAAGUAAAGAUGAUAAAGAUGAUGAUGAUGAUGUCAUAAUAGAAAUUGAGGCUUUGUGUGAACUAUCUGACAGUGAGGAUGAUGAUGUUGAUGAUGAUGAUGAUGAUGAUGAUGAUGAUGAUGUUUGUCUGAGAAAUGUUGUAAAUAAAAUUAACUACACUGGUCCAUAUAACGAAACUAUAUAUUUUGAUGAAAAAGGAGAAUAUCCUGAAGUUAUGGACAUUGAAAACUGGUCAUCUAAAGAAAUAAGGAAUCAAACUAUUAUUUAUCUGAAGUCUGUUGGUAGAUUUAAUCCAAAUGUUCCAGAUGAUCAGCAGCUUCUAAUUUUACCAUGGAAUAUAGCAUGGAAACAUGGAAAGGUUCCACAAGGCUUGUGUACUGCAGUCUGUCUUCCAGGAACCAGACGGGCCCUGAGGAAAGGAUCCCACACCUGCUGCUAUGACUGUAUCCCAUGCUCAGAGGGGGAGAUAUCCAAUGUGUCUGACAGUGAAAACUGCCAGAAAUGUGCAGAUGAUGAGUGGUCUAAUGAAUAUAAAGAUGAGUGUAUUCCCAGAAUAUUAGAGUUUCUAUCAUACAAGACAGACAUGAUAGCUAUAGGUUUUUCUUCAAUAUCUGUCAUAUUUUUUAUCUUAUCUGUGUUUAUGAUUGGAAUAUUUGUUUCAUUCCGGGACACUCCCAUAGUAAAAGCCAAUAAUAGAAACAUUAGCUUCAUUCUUCUCAUCUCCCUCAAGCUUAACCUACUCUGUGUGCAUCUGUUCAUUGGUCAUCCAGUGGACAUCACCUGCAUGCUACGCCAAAUAUCCUUUGGAAUACUAUUCACUGUUGCUCUAUCUUCUGUCUUGGCCAAGACUGUCAUGGUUUGCAUUGCAUUCAAAGCAACUAAGCCUGGAAGUUCCUGGAGAAUAUGGCUUGGUGCUAAGUUGCCAAAUUCUGUAGUGUUUAUCUGCUCAUGUGUUCAAGUUCUCACGAGUGUUAUUUGGUUAUCAGUUUCUCCUCCUAAUCAACAGUAUGACAUGGAGUCAUCUCCUGGGAUGAUCAUCAUCCAGUGUAAUGAUGGUUCUAUCCUUGCCUUUUGUUUCAUGUUGGGGUACAUGGGGAUUCUGGCAGCUUUGAGCUUUGUUCUAGCUUUCAUGGUGAGGACAUUACCUGACAUCUAUAAUGAGGCCAAAUACAUCACCUUCAGCAUGCUGUUGUUCUGCAGUGUGUGGGUCUGUGCCAUACCUGCCUAUCUGAGCAGUAAGGGGAAACAAGUGGUCAUUGUAGAGGUGUUUGCUAUAUUGGCUUCAGGUAUUGGAAUACUGAGCUGUAUAUUUUUUCCUAAGUGCUACAAUAUUCUACUGAGACCUGAAAUAAACAGUAAAACACAUUUGUUAAUGAGAAGUUAUUAA